GUCAACGCGAUUCCUGUUCCUGGAGUCAUUCUGUAUUUUAUUCCCCUCUUCGAUCCUGAUAAAGUUACAGGCAUAUCAGCAGAGUACCUGGAGUAGGUCCUUCUCCUCUCGUGUAAUCUGACGCGUCAAAUGAAAACCUUUAUUAGAGGCAGCCUCAGAAAUACUAAAUGUCAACAACAGACCGUUAACUCAGCAUCUCGAGCAGAAAAUUAGUUAAUUAGGCUUCCUCGCAACAUCUGGAAACAAACGGCGCGUGUUUACCUGCAUUCACCCGCACGUCGGUUUCAGGAUGCGGCUAUUUGGACAAAGCUUGCGCGCGGAACAUUUACGUUAACGUUACUGAUCUGUAAAUUGCAUAAAGCAAAUAAACACAUUGUUACGGAAGUGUAACAUCGUUGUGAUUGUAAGUCGCUUUCAUACUAUAACGUUAGAUGUAAUAUCAGAGGAAGGAGAGCCUCAUCAUCAGAGCAGAGAAGAGGGAAAUCUAGAGUCGCGUCAUCAUUUCCGGGCUCCCGAGCGCCGGUAGAGUGGAUCGGGACGCAGGAGCGCGGGGUGCGGGGAGCGGAGCGGUGUCCGUGUCCAUACCGAGACUGCUGGACGAUAGCAUGGCCGCCGGGAAGGCAGCGAGCAAACCGUCUCUCUGGCAGAACGAGCGGCUCCGGUUCAUCGUGUGUUUCUGCGGAGUGUUCGUGUGUUACUUCUACUAUGGGAUUCUGCAGGAGACAAUCACGCGAGGAGACUACAGUCAAGCGGGGAAGAAGGAGAAGUUUCGUUAUGCCACCACACUAGUCUUCAUCCAGUGCAUCAUCAAUGCUGCUUUCGCCAGACUCUUAAUUCAGUUUUUUGAGGGCUCAAAGCAGGACCACACGAGAAGCUGGCUGUAUGGCAUGUGCUCUCUGUCUUACCUGGGUGCCAUGGUGUCCAGUAACUCGGCCCUGCAGUAUGUCAACUACCCCACACAGGUUUUGGGAAAAUCCUGUAAACCUAUUCCAGUGAUGAUUCUGGGUGUCACAAUCCUAAGGAAGAAAUAUCCCAUGGCAAAGUAUCUGUGUGUGUUUCUAAUCGUCACCGGGGUCGCUCUCUUCCUCUACAAACCCAACAAAGGCUCCAGCACAUCAGAUAACACAUUUGGCUUUGGAGAGAUGCUGCGGUUGGUCUCUCUUAAUUCCAUUCCUUCCCUUAUAUACCAUAUCUUGUUCUCUGGUUAA